UACUACUUUGUUUCAAAUACUACAGAUGGCGUCAUACAAUUUUAUUACUUACCGACUGUUUAUUAGUUCUGUUUUAUCGAUCAGUUGAUUUUCACGAUAGGGUGCGUCAUAGUAGUUGUUGUUUGUUUAUAUACAUUAUUGAAAAAACAAAAGCACACAAAUUGUAUUAAAUAAAAUAUGGAUGCGAUUGAAAUCAAAGAACAAGAUAGUUCUUGCAAUGUUGACAAAGUGGACAGUAAAAUGGAUGCAAAACAAGACAAAAUAAUGUCUAAUGAGAAUACCAAGUCAGAUAGAAAUCAUCAGGAAUUAGUUAAGUUGACCAAAGAAGCUCUUGAUAAAUUAAUUGACAGCGAUCCUUUUCUAUCUGGAUUACCAUUAAAUGUCACUGUAGAAGAAAUAAAAGCUCAGAUUGCUGUGGCACAGGGUCAAGCGAUAAUGUUAUUUUUAAUUCGUAAACAUCUUCCAAAACUUUCUAUUGUGGUACCUACGCAUACAACUACAGUGCUUGAUUUGAAAAAAGCCAUCAAGAGGCAUACUAAUUUAUAUUUCAAAAGAGAGAAUAUUAAGAAGAAGAUCAGUUGGAAACACGUUUGGAAAAAAUAUAAUUUAUGUUUCGAGAAUAUACAUCUCACCAAUGACAAUAAAAAUUUAAAAGCUUAUGGCAUCAGCAACAAAGCUGAAUUAUAUUACAUUAAGAAGUACAUAAGAAGAAAAUAAAUUAAGUAAUGUUACAUAAACGCAUAAUUGGGAGCUACUUUUGUAUAUAUAUAUUUACACAUGUUUACAUUCAAUUAUUAAAUCGUUAUCAUUUCAUUCAA